AUGUGCUCUCACGCCAUCUUGCGCGAUGUGCCUUCGCAAGCACUCAGCCGUCGCCGACGCCGGGAAGCGGCCAAGUUCGCCGACCUCGUACCAGAAAGGCAUGCGAUCGAUGCAGAGGACCCUCCUGCCCUUGAUCCGUUUGGUGACUUCGCUACCGCCAAAUAUCUCUAUGACAUCAACGAACCCUCUCACGGCCAACACCCUCCUGGCUGUCAGUCUAUGCAUCCCGAGUGUGUGCAGCCCGUGGAACUGCUGGACGCACGAUCCGACUCCGCACAAUUCGCAAACACAAACGCAAUGAUCGCCGAGAGCAGAAACUAUGAUGAUUUUCAGAACAUAGCAGCAUCUUCCAUGUGGCCAGGCUUCCUGGGCAUGAGCUUGGGUCUGAACCUUGACGACGCCGCUUUGCAAAGCGAGCCAUUCAACUGGCAAAAUACCGCCACGGACGAAGCGGGGGCGGACUGCUGGAUAAACGAGGGCGCACAUGUUGAGCAGAUCCAUCGGAUAUCAGGUCUGGAGGUUCACAAUGACACAACCAACAUUCCCAGCCUUGCACCCGACUGCUUUUCUCUGGCACAAAUUGACCCAGUCGAAUCCAAGUGUAAAGAGCUGAAUGCGCUGUUGCACACCAAGGGCAGGCGAAUCAUGGAUGAUUUGCUCGGCCACUUCAUCACACGUGAGAAGCUGAUGCUUUCAAUCGAAUUGUUCGGCCGCCACUUUCAACGCAACCUUCCAAUCAUUCACAGCGCCUCUUUCAACCUGGUUCAGGCACCGCGCGGCCUUUUACUGGCCAUGUACUGUGUUGGAGCUUGCUAUGACAGUACAAUUAUGAAGACGCAAUGUGUCCUCAAGGCUGCCAUGCAAGUCUUGAUAGACAUUGAAAAUCAACCUGGAGAAGAACCUCCUCUGUCUGCGAUCCAGGCUGCAAUCCUGGCGUCCUCGGUACUAGCGACCUCUCAGGAUGACUUUUCCCAGCAAUUCGUUUCCGUCUCCUUUGCACGAAAUAUAUCGAUGGCCAAACGCGCACGGAUUUUGCAGUCUGUCAACAGCCAAGACUACCAUAACCUAAGCCCAAGUUCAUUCGAUUGGUUCUCCUGGAUUGACUUGGAGUCGCGCAUACGAGUUGCUAAUGUUUUGUUCACUCAAAAUGUGGCGAGUUGUAUCUUCCAUGGAAGCUCUCCUACAUUUUCACCGUUCGAGAUGGAAUUUUCUCUUCCAGCCUAUGAAGCAAGCUGGGAGGCGAGGUCCUCUUUGGAUUGUCUGCAAAUCCUCCAGUCUACUCCGCGACCAGAGCUUUUCUCUUCCGCGAUGCAGAGGUUGCGUCUCGCACAUAACAGAACCGAAGAGUCGGAACCAUUAGAAGGCUCGGCCCUUGGAAUGUUCACAUUGAUCAACGGCCUCCACUGUUUCGUGUGGAAUGCUACCCAGUUGCACACUGGCAGACAUCUGGACAUGUCCAAACCAAACAAUGCCCCCGCGUCUUCAAAAGCCCUAGAAGCCUCCCAAAUACUAGACACCCUCCAAAAGGAUUUUUCGGCGCAUACCCUCGAAUCACUCGCUGCAGAGGUUCGCCCGCUUUCCGAAGCCGGAAUUUUUGGCGACGAGAACGACGCGCUGAAUCGGUGGAUGCAUUGGUGGAACGCACGACAGUACCGGGACCACAAACACCUGAGCUUUGCUCUCAAUCCCACCUUGUUUUGGUUCUUGGCCAAGCUGUUUUUGUUACUGUGUACGAGCGGUGACUCGGAUAGCCUGGUCCGCAGCGAGUUUGCUGCGGUUGUGGCGAAGAGCCAUAACCUCAAAGACAGAAUGCACCGGCAGCUCAAGGUUCUGGAGCUGAUGUCGCGCUUGCGACGCCCGCGGCGAGUCGAGGUCUUACACACAUCCCGCGAGAGUGUGGCCAGUUUUAUGGAGCCUUUGGAAGAAGAGUGA